AUGGCGGGCACCGUCAACAAGCCGAAGAAACCAAAGUCGAAGCGCGGCACCUCCCGUCUCCGCCACAAGGUCGAAAAGGCGUCGGCCGCAAAGCAGCGCAAGCAGCGCAAGCUCGCCCGCAAAAACCCCGAAUGGCGGUCCAAGCUGAAAAAGGACCCCGGCAUCCCGAACCUGUUCCCCUACAAGGAGAGGCUGCUCGAGGAGGCCGAGCAGCGCCGCAUGAAGAAGGCGGCCGAGGCGCUGCGGAAAAAGGAGCUGGCAAAGGCGGCCAAGACGGGCGCUGAGCAGGACGACGAGCAGCAGAUGCCCGGCGUCGAGGUGGAUGGCGUGCGCGACGACGACGACGACGACGACGACGACGAUAUGGAUGACGGCGAUGUGGACGAGUCGAAUCCCAUGGCCGCGCUGCUGGCCAGCGCCAAGGCCGCCGCGGCCCAGUACGAUCGCGAACUCGCCGACAGUGACGGCAUGGACCAAGAUGACAGCGACAGCGACCAGGGCAGCGACUUUGGCGCCGUCGAUGUUUCCAUCGGCCAGUCCUCGCGCAAGUCGUACGACAAGGUCUCCAAGCAAGUGGUGGAGCAGGCCGACGUGGUCCUCUACGUGCUCGACGCGCGCGACCCGGAGGGCACGCGCUCCCGGGAGGUGGAACGCAGCAUCAUGGCCGCGGCCUCGGGUGGCAAGCGCCUUAUCCUCGUCCUCAACAAGAUCGACCUGGUGCCGGCAAAUGUGCUGCGCAACUGGCUCGUCUACCUGCGCCGCUACUUCCCCACGCUGCCGCUGCGGGCCUCGGGCGCCGCCUCGGGCGCCCGCGCCUUCAAUCACGGCGACCUAACGGUGCAAAGCACGUCGGCCACGCUCUUCAGGGCCCUCAAGAGCUUCGCUGCCACCCGCCAGCUCAAGCGCGCCAUCUCUGUCGGCGUCAUCGGAUACCCCAAUGUCGGCAAGAGCUCCGUCAUCAACGCCCUCCUCUCGCGCAUGGGCGGCAAGGCCGGCGGCUCGUCCAAGGCCUGUCCCGCCGGCGCCGAGGCCGGUGUCACGACGAGCAUCCGCGCCGUCAAGAUUGACAGCAAGCUCACCCUGCUCGACUCGCCCGGCGUCGUUUUCCCCUCGUCGUCGUCGGCCCACUCGGGCGGCCUCGUCUCCCUCAAGAACGCCGCCGAGGCCCACGCCCACCUCGUCCUGCUCAACGCCGUGCCCCCCAAGCAAAUCGACGACCCCAUCCCCGCCGUCAGCCUCCUCAUCCGCCGCCUGUCCCUCUCCCCCGACCUCAUGCAGAAGCUCACCGACGUCUACGACAUCCCCCCGCUCCUCCCCGACCACGGCGACGUCACCACCGACUUCCUCGUCCAGGUCGCCCGCAAGCGCGGCCGCCUCGGCCGCGGCGGCGUCCCCAACCUCGCCGCCGCCGCCAUGGCUGUCGUCACCGACUGGCGAGACGGCCGCAUCCAAGGCUGGGUCGAGCCCCCCGCCGCUGCCGACCCGGCGCCCGGCGCGCCUGCCAACUCGAGUGCCCGCGAGGAUGCCGCCAUGCCGGAUCAAAAGGAGAUUGUCACCGAGUGGGCCGCCGAGUUCAAGCUCGAGGGCCUGUGGGGCGACGACGCGGCCGUGGACGCUGGCGGCGAUGCCAUGGAGCAAUAG